AUGGAGAUGGAUUGGGGCGGGAACACGGACUUCCAGAAGGUGUUUGACUUGCUGCUUCAGGUGGCGGUGGAUGGGAAACUGAAGCCGGAAGAGAUGAUCAAGAGGGUGCUUGUUUUCAGUGACAUGGAAUUUGACGAGGCGUCUAAGCCGUGGGAGACUGAUUACAAGGCGAUUGUGAGGAAGUUUGGGGAGAAAGGGUAUGGGGAAUGUGUGCCGGAGAUUGUGUUUUGGAAUCUGAGAGAUUCUCCGGCAACUCCGGUGGCGGCGGGGCAGCCGGGAGUGGCGCUUGUGAGUGGUUAUUCGAAGAAUAUGAUGAAAGUGUUUUUGGAGGAAGGUAGGAUUAUCAGUCCCCAGGCUGUUAUGGAUCUGGCGAUUGCGGGGAAGGAGUAUGAAGAGCUGGUUGUGCUGGAUUGA